AAAACAAUAACCAUUUUCAGAGCUCUAUUGCAUUUCAAUCAUAGAUUUUUUAUUUAACUUAAAAUUCAGCUGUAAAAUGGCCUAUUAGACCUGAUAUUUACAAGAAAAAAAAUAAAUUGCAAUAAGACCAAACUUGCUCUAUGGUUUAUCUCUCUCCUUUUCUCUUCUUUUCUUUCACGUUUUCCAGAGUUUGCGAAGCAAAUCCAAGCUAUGAUACAAAAUGCUCAUUACAUAACUAGGAAAGAGAGAAGCAAGGAAUAAGAUGGGUAUGCCAGAUGGAGGGUGGAGAUUGUUUUUUGUUUUGGUGGCAACCCUAGAGAUAGAGGCAACAAAAAAGUAGGGGUUGGACCCGUCAAAGCCAAUCAUUUGAAAUGCUUAGACUCGCAUUGCUUUGCGCAGAGGGAACUACUUUGUGUUUGUGUUUGUUUUUGUGUUUUGAGUGUUGUGCUAUGUUACAUACAACAGAGCAUAGCAUGUCACACUCACAUCUCUCCAUGUUAACGGUUUUCUUGUUAUCUGGUUUUUCUCCUUCUUCAAUGUUCCCCUUUGAAAAAGCAUAGAGCAGAACCCGACACCAUAAACCCACUUUACUGUUUAUUCCAUCUUUUUUCAUGUCCUCUCAGUUGUAUAUAUGAGCCUGACAUUCCCUAUCUGUUCCAUUCAUUCCAAUUGCAGCUUCUUUUAUCAUCUCUACUUUUCUGCUCCCAUCUCAUCAUCAUCAUUUGCAGAUCAAUCAGAGUUCUGAAUGGAGUUGCAGAGCGUUGAAUUGAAGGUGGAGAUGGUUGGCAUACAUGAGAAAAGACUCAGGAAAUCCCUCUCGAAAUUGAAAGGAAUAGAGAAAGUGGAAGUGGAUGCUAAUAGCCACAAGGUGGUGGUUACAGGAAAUGCACAUAGGAACAAAAUACUUAGAGCCAUAAGGAGAGGUGGUCUGAAAGCUGAUUUCUGGUCUGCACAAAAUGACCUUCUCAAUGCCUAUGCCUAUGGAAGCCUGAGAUUUAACAACUUCAACUUCUUCUAAGAUUUUUCUUUACGCUUUUCAUCUUACAUUGGAUAUGGUAUACCGAGGCUGUACUUAGUGUUUUUUUAUUUUAUUUUAUUUGGUCCUGAUUCUGUUUCUCCUUUGUCUUUUUCAAAGGAACUCUCUCAUGAUGAUACAUGCAUAGAGAUAGAGUGAAAUUAAAGAGUCCUAAAUUUUGCAGAUUUUCCCAAUUCUUUUUCUUAGGGGAGAAACAUUUCAGUGUAACAUUUAAUUUCUUCCAAAAAGAGUCAAUUGGAUGACAUUUCUGUUGGUAUCACCAGAUAAUAGCAAGCAUUGUUCUAGAAUUAGACAUCAUAAGCUCUUGCAUUAAAAUAGACACUUUUUUCUUUUAACAAAAAUGUCCUUAAAAUGGUUGAAACCAAGAUGCCAUCACAUGUAAAUUUUUUAUUUUAAUUAGUCAUAUGGACAUUUUUUUUUUAAAGAAGAAAUCAUUAUAUGAAGGAAAACAAAAA